AACGACUUCUGCACACUGAAACCAAGCAACUCCAAAAGGUCGACUCGUGCUGCAGCACACGUCUGCCUAUUGGUCGAGUCUACCUUUUUGAUACAGGAGAUACAGCCAUAUGAGCGCCGUAGCGCGGUGAGCAGACUUUGUUUUUCAAAUGGUCUACUACUUCAAAUCCACGGUGGUGGACCCUCCCGCCUUCCUAUAUGUGGGCAAGGAUAAAGUCGAAAAUGAAGAUUUGAUCAAGUUUGGCUGGGAUGAGGACUUUCACGUGGACAACCUGUCCAGCGCACACUUGUACCUCCGUCUCAAAGCGGGCGAGUCCUGGAAGUCGAUUGAUCGAGCCUUGCUAGAAGACUGUGCUCAAUUGACCAAAGCCAACUCGAUUGAAGGCAACAAAAAGGACGACGUCACAAUCAUCUACACACCGUGGUCGAAUUUGAAGAAAGAUGGCUCAAUGGCAACCGGUCAAGUUUCUUUCCACGACCAGAAAAUGGUGAAGAAAAUUCUUGUUCCGGCUCGUCAGAAUAUCAUUGUCAACCGACUGAACAAAACUCGAGUCGAAAAGUUUCCGGAUUUGCUGGCCGAAAGAGAAGCAGAGCAGAGAGAGAGGCGCAAGGCUGAGAGGAUCCAGCGAGAACAGCAGAAAGCGAAGGACCGGGAAGAGCGACAACGACACGAAGAGUUGCGAUGGCAGAAGGACCAUGCUUAUGACGAUAUCAUGAGGGAAGAGAACAUGGUGAGCAAUCAGGACAGAGACGCGACCUUUUACGAGGACGACUUUAUGUGAGAGAAAGAAGAUCAAAUGUUCGAGAUACAGAACACUGUAAAGUCGAAAUCGAAGCUCCCGCCGGUGUGUGAUAAGAACAGUACUGUGUGUACCUCGUAGUCGCAGGUCAGGGUAAUACUACUGUACUUCAGGGUCUUUGAUCUCGCCCUUCCCGGCCCCAUACGGGGCGUAGUGUGCAAAUUUAAGGGGCAUAGCAAGACCAUGUUAGGCUAGGGCUAGCCACGUGGAAGGUUUAGGA